AUGAAAAUGGCUAAUAACACAGGCGUAAAGGAUUUCUACUUGACUGAACUGUCUGAUCUCCCUGCAGUGCACAUUUCUCUAUUUGUGGUGAUUCUGCUCGUCUACCUGACCACUCUGGCAGGGAAUGGAGCUAUCCUUAUAGCAACAGCAACAGAUGCUCACCUCCAGACUCCCAUGUAUUUCUUUCUAUGCAAUUUAUCUUUGCUGGAUGUCCUUUGUCCAACUGUCACUGUGCCAAAAAUGCUCCACAUGUUCUUAUCAGAGGACAAGAGAAUAUCAUUUGUUGGCUGCAUUCUGCAACUCUUCUUUCUGAUUUAUGUGGUGGGCACUGAAAUUUUUUUGCUUGCCCUCAUGGCUUAUGAUCGCUAUGUGGCAAUAUGUAGCCCUCUACACUACACAAAUAUUAUGAGCAUGCGACUAUGUGUUCAACUGGCAGCUGGGACGUGGCUAACAGGCUUCACAAAUUCUAUGAUUCACACCUCAAUGACCUUUACAUUAUCCUUCUGUGGGCCCAAUAAAGUUAAUCAAUAUUACUGUGACAUCCCUCCAAUUAUGGCACUUUCUUGCUCUUCCACAUAUCUCCCUGAGCUUGUCCAACUCCUUGUGGCUGGCGUUUUAGGGGGUGGUGCUUUUCUCGUUACUCUGAUCUCUUAUAUCUAUAUAAUUUCAGCUAUCUUACGCAUGCACUCUGCUGAGGGCAGGAGAAAAGCAUUUUCCACUUGUGGUUCCCACUUGGCUGUCGUUUGCCUUUUCUAUGGGACAACCAUUGCGACUUACGUCCGGCCCACUUCCACUUACUCACCCAAGAAAGACAGAAUUGUUUCAAUGCUAUAUGGAAUUCUUACUCCCAUGAUCAACCCAAUGAUCUACAGCCUGAGAAAUAAGGAAGUUAAAAGGGCUUUGAUCAAAGCAUUUAAUAUGCAAAAGGUUUGUUUGAGUGGUUGA